UCAAAGACUGGCACAUCGGGCAGGACUCCGGGCAGAGGCACAUCGGGCUGGACUCCGGGCAGAGGCACAUCGGGCUGGACUCCGGGCAGAGGCACAUCGGGCUGGACUCCAGGCAGAGGCACAUCGGGCUGGACUCCGGGCAGAGGCACAUCGGGCUGGACUCCGGGCAGAGGCACAUCGGGCUGGACUCCGGGCAGAGGCACAUCGGGCUGGACACCGAAUCACCAGGCGGAGCAGCAAGCACUGGAUCACCAGGCAGAGCAGCAGGCACCGGGCCACCAGGUGGAGCGGCAGGCACCGGGCCCCCAGGCGAAGCGACAGGCACCAGGCCCCCAGGCGGAGCGA